AAACUAAAAAGGGAAAAAGAAGGGUGCCUUCAGUUUCUCUCUCCUCCCGUGUCUCUGAUAUGAUGAUAGGCGCCUUCAUAGUUCAUUAUCCGAGGCCAAAGGAACAAGGAUAAGCAACAACAAUGGCUUCCCUCUGUCUUAAUUUGCUGCCCUCGCCACACUCUCGCAGGCUAACAGAAGCUUCCUCUGCUUCGUCUUCUUCUCCUCCCCCUUCUCCUUCUUGUUCAGCUACACCAAAAAGUAGCAACAGCAACAGCAUCAGCAGCAUUGGAAGCUUGAAGCCCAUUGUGGUAAAGGGGAAUCCCCCCACUUUCGUAUCUGCUCCUGGUCGUCGUAUCGUUGCCGUUGGGGAUCUACAUGGCGAUCUUGAAAAGGCGAGACGUGCAUUUCAGAUGGCUGGUGUCUUGAGUUCCGAUGGUCAAGACAUAUGGACUGGUAAAGAAACGGUUUUGGUUCAGCUGGGAGACAUACUUGAUCGAGGAGAUGACGAAAUAGCCAUCUUAUCCUUGUUGCGUUCCAUGGAUAAACAGGCACAAGAAGAAGGUGGAGCCGUUUUUCAGAUCAAUGGGAAUCACGAGACCAUGAAUGUAGAAGGAGACUUCAGAUAUGUUGAAACUGGCGCAUUCGAAGAGUGUGCAGGCUUCCUGGACUAUUUGGUUAGCUAUGGAUAUGAAUGGGAAGAAGCUUUUCCUUGUUGGGUUGCUGAGUCUGAAAAGUGGAGGCAAGACCAGAAGACAUCUCAAAAUUAUUGGGACUCAUGGAAUUUAGUGAAGAGGCAGAAGGGGGUUAUUGCCAGAUCAGUCUUACUGCGACCUGGCGGUCCAUUGGCAUGUGAGUUGGCACGGCAUGCUGUUGUUCUCAGGGUCAACGAUUGGGUCUUUUGUCAUGGUGGCCUCCUUCCUCACCAUGUUGCCUAUGGUAUUGAAAGGAUGAACUUUCAAGUAUCUAACUGGAUGAGAGGUCUCUCUGAAAGUGAUCUUGGUCCUCAACUCCCUUUCAUUGCCACGCGGGGAUAUGAUAGUGUUGUCUGGAGCCGCUUGUACUCGAGAGAUGUAUCAGAUCUUGACGAUUAUCAAAUCAGUCAGAUACAAUCUAUUCUUGAAGAGACUUUGCAAGCUGUGGAUGCCAAGGCAAUGGUAGUGGGGCAUACUCCUCAAACUGCUGGAGUAAAUUGUAAAUACAACCGUAGCAUAUGGAGGAUUGAUGUUGGGAUGUCAAGCGGAGUUCUUAAUUCAAGACCUGAGGUUCUGGAGAUUGUGGAUGGGAAAGCAAGAGCGAUAAAGGGAAGAAGGGACAUGCUUAGUGAGCUUCAUGUGGUAGACUACACAUAGACAAGCAGUGUAGCAACAGGGAGCUUAUUCAGCCUACAAUCGACACUGAUUCAGGUGAUGAGCUUGAUGGUGGUAGCAAGAAUCUGACUCGAAUCGUACUGAAUUCGUAUUCCUCACCACCAACAGUCACACGCUCUUCAGUGAGUUAUAUGGCAACACAAUUGCAGUAUUCAAUGCCGAAGCCGGUUUCACACACAGAGAUGAAUCAUAUUCUUUGGUGGUGGAUAUUUACGACAAGAGCAGCUCUCAUAGGGUGAUCUUGUUUAAUGUAAGUAAUGAUUCUUCAGGACAAAUUUUUCUACUGAGCGGGAAGAACUAUCCCGUGUGCAUUCAAUAUAUGGAGGAUUGUCUGGGCGUAAUA